GCCACAUAUAAAUCCGUAAAUCGAAACGAUAAUACGAGUGUGGUUACUUUUUGAAGAUUCAAAUUUCUAACAUUGUUUUGACGUGAUUCCAUGGGCAUCGUUUAAAGGCAAGAGCUGAAUAUUUUCGUUCAAGCUUAAAAGGGAUGGCAUUAAGCAACUGCCAUGAUGACUAACUUGUUGAUUUUGGAUACUAUUGAAAAAGUUAUUUUAACUUGUAAUUUGUAGUUUUGGAAAUUUGCUUGCAAGUAUUGCAAAAAGCUUCCCAUCGGUGUCAUUUUGCCCUAGACCAAGCUAUUCUCAAAGAAUACAAUUCUAGGAUUUCUGGGUGGUUGAGACCCACUUUUAGGACCGCCCGGUCUACGGGUAAAAAGCCAAAAUUCCUUGGCGAUGAUGUGUGGGAGAUGCUUUGCCGCCACUGGGCUACGGAUGCCGCAUUUUUGCUGAGAAGCGAAACGGCCAAGGCAAACCGGAACUCCGAGAAAGCCAAGGAAGUUCAAUGGCACGGGGGCCGCAAACCCCAAAUUCAACAUAAAAAAGAUCUGGAAGGAUCUGGACCCGUGAAAAAACGGGUCACACCAUUGAAACUCAUGGCACAUUGUUGGACGAAGAAGGGUGCCAUGCCGCCUCCCCGCCUUUCUGAAAUUGAAAAAAAAAUAUGAGGAAGAGCGGGGGAAGAGAGUUGAUGAGCUAGCUGAUUCUGAUGACGAACUUGAUGCAAAUCAAGAACAUGAGGUCAUCUUGGCGGCAACCGGAGUUUACAAGGGCCGGGUGUCGCUUAUGGGUUCUGAAGGCGUACGGAUCCGAGAGAAGGCCAAAGGAGCUAGCUCAUCUUCUCAUUCGGCAUAUGAUGAUCGGGUUACCCGUCUCGAGAAACUAUUGGAGGAACGUGAAGCCGAGGCUCAAAGGCGGGAUGAAGAAGCUCGGAGACGGGAUGAAGAGCAAAGAAGAACAAGAGAAAGGAUGGAAGAGAUGGAACGCCAAAUGCGUAUUUUCAACGCCACCUACCGUCCAUUCAUGCACAUACAGCACCCCGAGAUGACCCCACAAGUUCCCUUCGCGGGCAAUAUGGGCAAUAAGGGCAGUAUGGGCAGUAGGGGUUUUGCUAAUUAUAGCCAUAUCUCCAACAACUUUCCAUAUGGAUAUUAUGAUGAUAUCCCGACUCCCGGAGCUCAAGCAUACCGUGGCAGCAGCCGUGCUGGCAGCCGCGGUGGCAGUCGAGGCAACCAUCGUGGUGGCAGCCGUGGCCACGGAAGGCAACCCGAUCAUCGUAACGAACCUGAUGAUGAU